AGUUCGAAACUGGAUAACGGAGGAGGCGCUGGCAGCGAGGAGAGACCUGCUGGUCCCUCUACAGGAGCCCGCCACAGCAGCGCCGCUGGGGCGGCCCAGCAGGAGCAGAGGAAUAAGAAACAUAGAAACACAGAAGAAGCCAUUGGCGAGAGGCAAAGCUCAGGUAGUUGGUGA